AUAUCUACCUUGACGACGGCUUUGAAUGAAUUUUAACUAGAAAGGGAGAAUGCCUUUGUUCAGCACUGCUAGCCCUCUAGAGGCCUACAACAGCCUCAUGGACAAGCACUUAGUGAACUAUUUUUCUACAAAUCGGAUGAAAAAACACCUCAUUGAUAAUGGACUUAUUACAGAAAAUGAUGAAGUUGUAUCUGAAGCAGAAUAUAAAGAGAUACAGAAUCGAGAAAAUCAAAAACGUGCAAUUUUACAGAUUAUUGCUCAUGCUAUUAUCGAAAAAUCAUUAGAAGUUGAACGUAUACGUCAAGGAAAAUUGCAAAGAAACCUAGAAGAAAUAUGUCGGUUACACAGAAUUCGAAAAUUGAAAGAAGAACGUCAAAAACAUUACGAAGAAUUUUUAUUAUCAAAGUUAGUGGCUAAAAGUCCAAGGUCAAGUGAAAAUCUUCAACCAUUGGGAAUAUAUUCUCCAGGGAAUAUAAAAUCUCAAUCCAGUGCAUCAAAUAUAGAUGGAAACAUUCGAACCAUACGGUAUUCUAAAAUGAAAGAUCAUUAUGAUGGACAAUAUAAUCCAUUACUAGUGAAACGACAACGCCAACAGCAAUCUCUCUUCAAAAAAUCACCUAGAAAAAAUAAUAAGUCAUCCAAGACUUCAUUGAAACAUUCGAGACAUAAAUCAUGUGAUAAACGAGAUAGAAACGAAGAAGAAGGCAGACAAGUGAUAGGUGAUUUUCAUGAUACUAAUAAGGAAGAGUUCAAGUCGAAGAAUGAUAGAAUUCAUACUACAAAGAAUGAAAGUAUCAAUAUUCAUGAGAUCAGUGUUAGUCAUGAUGAAAAUGCAAACAAAAAAGCCAAAAAGAUAAAAACAUCAACUGAUAAACAAAAACAGACAUCAAAGAAUAAAAGAAACCAAACUUCAUGUAUUGUAAAGUUUAUGUAUCUUGGUGUAUCGCGCAGUGAAGUAUCAAAAACUCAAGAUUCUAUUGAUAGACAGAAAACUGCCACAGGUCGAAUAAAUUCAGUAAAUGUUAGCAAUCCAUCAUCAGUUCGUUUAAUAACAGUUAUUCAACAGCCUAAUGGUGGAAAUACACACACUGUUUUUAAAGGUUUACUUCAACCAGGUGAUAUAUUUCAGAUUACAUCUAGAAGAGUUUAUGGUUUUCCAUUCUCAUUAACUUUUUAUGUUGACGGGAAACAGUAUACACGCAUAAGUACGUGUUGUGAAUAUCGGCACAAAACUGGAAUUCGUCUUGGAGGCAAAAAUGGUCAUUUUCUAUAUCUAACUGUUGAAGGCUCAUUUCCAUGCUACAAAUGUCAAACAGCCAAAGCAUGGAGAAGUGAAAUGAAGGCAAGACAAAGAGCAGAAAAGUCUUCCGUUAAUAAUAUUGAAGAACAAACAGAUGAGGAUGAAAUAGACAGGUUUGAGGCAGAUGAAGAAGAGGAAUUAAAGGCUUAUGAAGAUGAUUUUGAAAUUGAGGAGAAAAACUCAGUUGAAGGAAAAAAUAAUAAUACUGAUGGUAUUCCAGUAGAACAUGUGGAAUUAAUACAUUCAUCUGGAAUCAACAAAAUACAUAUCACUACUAUACAGAAUGAAAAACCAUCUAUGCCUAUCCAGAAGGAAAAUUCAGAUUCAACGUCUUCAUCUUCAUCAACACUUUCAACACAUUUUCAGACUAAUGAAAAGAAUGAUCAUUUAUUGCCAUCUACACUUGUGGAAGAUACAGUUUCUGAAGGAACUAUUAAUAAAACUAGUGAAAUAGACUUCAUGGAAUAUUUCAAGGCUGCUCUACACUCACUAGUACUCAAUGAUACUAAUAACAAAGGCAGUUUACGAUGUAUUAUCUGGUUGAGUAUAAAGCUGAAAACUGACACACAUAUAGAUGAGAACAGUAUAAAACUCAAUACACUGAAAGAUGAUAAAUUCUGUGAAGCUAUAAUCCGACAAGAAGAUAACCAAGUGAUACGUGUUGCUUUACCAAAACCAAAGAAUUCUGAUAAGUUGAAAUUACGUUGGCCGUUGAAUGAUUUAGAAGUCACAGAUCGAAUCAAAUAUGUUGACUUUUGUAAUCUGUCUAAUAUCCUAUCUAUGCCAUUAUCUACAAUUGAUAGACUUGAACUUUGUUUAGAAGUACCAGAGAAAGAUGUGAUAUACAAAUUUAUUGAACAUUCAUCUUUAUCAGAUAGUCAUCUAAUUACAUUUAAAAAUCCAAUGAAAAUUGUUUUAAAUGAUGAAGAUGACGAUCAAUGUGAUGACAACUUAAUAUUUGGUCUCCUUUAUGAAUUAGCUAAUAGGUUAAGCGAUGAUGAGGAUGAUGAUGAAAGAAAGUGUGCUGGUGAUAUUCUAGAUAGUAAAAAUGUCCAACUUUCAGAAGAAGGUGACAGUGUUACAUCAGAAGUUGACAUAUAUGCACCGUCAUCACCGACAUGUGUUGAGAGAAUGAUUCAAUCCCCCGUGAAGAAAAUCAUCUGCUCUGAAUCAUCGUCGUUAUCGUCUUCUUCAUCAUCCUCAUCAUCAUCAUCAUCACUAAAUACUCCUUGUCCAAGAUCCCCAUUACCUGAAAUGAUAAAAAUGCCAACGGAAAUGACAACAAUAACGACCACUACCUCACACACGUUAACAAAAAGUCCAGUUAGUUCAAACUACGAAACAGAAUCAAAAAAUCAAUCAACCAAUGAGGAACGAUCUAUCCAGUUAGAAGAUAAGGUUGAAGUAACUUCACAUGACUGGAUAAAUAAAUCAGAGGAUAGAACUGAAGUUCUCAUUGAAAAUACUACUGAUACUUCUGAGGAUAUGAGUAGCAUCGAGAUAUCAAAGAGUGAUUCACAAGAAAAUCCCACUUCUUUAGUUAUUAUCAGUAAAAAUGUUCAUCAACAUUUGAAUUUACAACAAUCACUGACUGAAGAAAAAACUUCAGAUAUUAAUGAUCAACACUCUUCAUCAAUAACACCAUCAUUACCUUCUGACUACCUGAAUACAACUAUGAUGAUGGAUUUGAAUAAGUCAUCUGUACCAUUCAUAGACUCACAUGAUGAUAAUAACUUAGAAAAUGUAUCCAAUUCAAUUUUCAAACAAUCAGAAUGCGAACUGGAUAUGAUGAACAAUUCAGACUCAAAACUUAUGUCAUUCAAUGAAAGUAUAAUUGAACUAGAAACUUUCUCCAUUUAUCCACCAACUGAUCAAGUCAAUGAUGAAUAUAACACUUUAGAGAACAAUGUUGGCAAAAUGAUAUUUCUCAGUACUUCAUAAAUUCAUUGUGUUUCCCCUAGCAUGGAUCAUUAUAUCAUUCUUGCAUAAAAUGAUGAAUAGAAUUCAGAUUUUAUUAGCCUUUUUCUGACAGCUAUCUUUGCUGUGGAUGUGGUAAUUUCUUUACUCUAAAAAACCGCCAGUUUGGAAUUGGAGUUUCACAUAAAUCAAUGAGAUCACUACAGUAUGUUCAGCAAACCAAAGAUCGUUCACAACACUAUUUUGGCUAGUCUAACCAUCGGAUUGGACAAAUAGUUUAUUAACACUAACAAGCAACCUCUUUGACCUCAACAAACACAGUCGACUGGAAGUAUAUGAAAAUGCUCCAUAGAGCUCCAGGUUUAAAAGCUUCAAGUGAAUUUUCAAAAGACUAGCAUUCUAACGAAAGGUCAAUCAAUAAAAAUGUGUAAGUAGACGGAAUCUACAAUUCAUUUGAGAAGUAAACAGCCAUCUAUCAAUCAAGGACCAAUGGACCAAACAAAUCAAUAAUGAUGCACAAUACAACCUUAACGAAUAGCACGCUUCCACUUCCCGAAUAUGACCGAAGGAAAUUUAUAAUCAAUUUACAAUUGGACAAUAUCCAAGGUCAAUAAAAUCAAAGUCUAACCAUACGUGUAACACAUUCGAAUCUGUUUCAUUUCCUUAUGAAGUCUUUGCUAAGGAUAUCAGCAUACCUCGUGAUGAAACUUUCACGAUAAAAUAUUAUCAUCUUCAGCUACAACGAUUUUCCACUGUUUCUAACAGUUUUUCUCUCAUAAAAAGAGUUUUAAACCUCAGUCCAGUCAGAUGACAUAUAAAAGUAAACUUAAAAUAUAAUUUAUAUGAAGUCAGGUAAUAUGAUUCUAAGAUACGUUAGGAGUGUGAUAAAACUACCUACAACUGAAGUAAUGAAAGAUCCUGAGGUUCUCUGCCUUCAACAAAGAUGUCUUAUUCACGUAGAGUAAGAUAGACUAUGAAGAUGAGUAGUACAUUCAGACUUUGAUAGACAAUGAAUACAACCAUUUAUUUAAGCGAAAUUUCAUAAAGCAGUCGGAUAUGACUCGUUUAUUUACUUUUCUUACCUUACAGAUCUCUGGAAGUUAUUUCAAGUUGAUUAUUUAUUCAAGGAUGUCUUCAAUAUGGAAAAGAUCAGUAUUUUCUAACAAGAUUCACAAUAACUUGUUCUCCUUUCCUUCCUUUUCUGUUUUCACUACUUUUUCUUGAAAUACUGACCAUCUUAAUAUAUUUUUUUCUGCUUUGAGAAAAACUUGAAAGAGAAAUCUCUUAGAUACAACUGAACUUAUUUCAUUGUUAUGUAGCGUAAACUAUAAGAAAACAAUGAAAUAUUUAUUCAUGAAUAAGAACAAUGCAUAUAUCAGAGAAGAGAAAAUAUUUCUUUUCAACGACUUUAUUAUCACAAGCUGUACAGUCGUAUUUAUACUCGCUUAAAUGGCAGGUAAUUCUAUUAAAAAGGGAGUUGCUCAGUCAAUAUGCAAAAUAUACAAUCGGUGUAGGUGAUGGUAUUUGUUUAAGUGGAAGAGAUAGAAAAUUGGUCAUUGAAAAAGGAGGGGUGAAUUGAUAACAAAUGGUGGUGAGAUAAGAGACACAUACUGUCUAAGAAUUGUAGAACGGUGAUAAUUUAACUGAAACAUCCAAAACGAGUCAAUGAAUAAGGAAUGAAUUGAUAUUAAAUGGUGAAAUAUGGGUCAAAUAUUGUCAAUGAAGUGAAAAAUGGUGAUAAUGAUGAUGACGAUAAUAAAAGGGAAGUAUACCAAAGUGAAGUGAAAUGAAAUUGACAAAAUAAACAGAAUGAAUUGUUAAGGCCAAGGUAGAGAAAGUGGUUUCACAAAACAUUUCUGAAUGAG